UCCUGUCGUGUAAGUGUUUAGUGAUGUAAACAAAAACAAAAUACGUACAUGAAUUCGAAUAAAAAACAGAUCGUGUUAUUGGUACAUUUCUCGUUUUGUUGAAUUUAACAUACCUAAAUAUGAUGAUAUAAUCAGGAGUGCAUGGUACUGUUUAAUUCUCAUUGAAGGAAAUAUGGAAAACUGUAAAUAUUGUGAAAAAUCACUUGUAGACUGUGAAGAUGAAGGACUCCAAUGCUCUUCUUGUUCAAAUAAUGUUCAUAUUCGAUGUUUGAAGAGAGGAGCAGUUCCAGGUGGAAUGAAUGGAGACGUUUUCUUCACAUACACCUGCCAGGAAUGUUCAGAAUCAAGUACAGAAAUAUUUGUUAGAGACAAGUUGUCAUGGUUACAAGUCAUUGUUUUAGUUUUAUAUCAUCUGAAUACUAAGAGUCCAGGUUUAGCUAAGAAAGGAUUUUUUCAUUGGAAAUUUCAAAUAGCAGCUUUUAUAGAGAAAAACUGGGAAGUAUUGUUCACAAAAUAUGUCAAAAAGAAAAAAUCAUGGACAGGCACAGUUGCUGGUACUAUAUCACAUUUUAGCAAAUAUUUUUUUCUUUCGGGUACAUCUGUUAUUAAACAGCAAGCUUGGUGGACUCUUAAGUACCCUAAAAUAUCUCCAUAUCUAAUAUCUAAAAUAUAUAAUUCUAUGAUGGCACAGAAAGUUAAAUGUAAGGCUGAUAAACAAGAUGUCUCAGAUAUAGAAAUAUUCAAUCAAAUACUUGAACAAAAUGUUUCAAAACCAGAGAUGAUGCAGCCUUUUAUCCUUACUGAAGUUGAAACUCAAGAUGUUCCUGAAAUGAGUAGUGAUGGAGUAGAUAUAUUGAGUCCUUCUCAGAUAGAGAGAAAUAUAAAAGAGAAAGAAAAUAAAGAAACAAAUAAAAGAAAAUCCCUUCUACCCACCAUAGACAAUAAAAAAUUUUUGAAAUUGACCAAUUCAUCAGAUGGUUUAUCAGAUGAUUUCACAAGGUGUGCAGUUGAAUCACAGGACAAAAAACAAUUGGAAGAUAUUAUGAAACACAAAAUUGAAGAUGAUAAAAAGCAAAUAAAAUUAUUAAAUCCUUUCUGUCAUUAUGAUACAUCACUAAGUGAUAUUGCACGUAUGAGAAGUACCAACUUGAAAAUUAAACUGCUUGGAACAGUAAGAAAAGAAAUGAUUCUGUCUCCAUACAGCGGCAUGUAUCUCAAACCUUAUAUAAGAAGAGAUGUUGAAUCUUUUCCAACUUGGUUGCAAAUGAUGGCAGAAAUUCAACUCACAGUGAACAAAAACGAUCCAUCUUAUUCUUUACCUCCAAGAGGGCCAUUAGAUUUUGUUUAUGUGCUACCAGAGCACAUCCCAGCCAUAAACUGUUUAUGUAACCAAUUUUUCUGGCCCGGAAUAGAUUUGACAGAAACCCUACAAUAUCCAGAAUUCAGUUGUGUUGUAUUGUAUAGGCGUCUGAUUGUAGGAUUUGCAUUUCUCGUUCCAAAUAUUAGCCAUACUGAACAUUAUAUAUCCUUCAUUUUCACAAGACCUGGCUGGAGAAAUGCAGGGAUAGCUACAUUCAUGCUAUAUCAUCUUAUACAGACUAGUCCAGGCAAAGAUAUCCUUCUUCAUGUUUCUAUGAGUAAUCCUGCCUUCUUUUUAUACCAGAAAUUUGGAUUCAAAGUGGAAAAAAAUGUUUUAGAUUUUUAUGAUAAGUAUAUCAGGGAUGAUGUGAAAGAAUCAAAACAUGCAUUUUUAUGUAGAUUUGAAAGAUGACAUUUGUGAAUAGAAAAUUUUAAAAUAUGAAAA